AUGAAUGCACCCAGAGCUUCAAUGACUCUUCAUCAUAAUUCUCCUCCAUUGAUGAUCAUAACACAAGUAUUUUCUAUUUCUUUCAUCCUACUAAUUCACUCUCUUUUGCCGGCGCUCGCCCUCGUGGCAUCCAACAACGAUGAUCCAUCCAGUUUAGUCAAUAGCGUUUGCGAAGAAACUACCCAAUGUAGUUACAAGGAUUGUGUAGCCGCUCUCGCAUUAGAUCCAAAAGCCUUGUCUACAACAAACGUGAAAUUGCUGGCUAAGAUAGCGCUAAACUUGGCUGUAUCUAAUUCCACAAGCAGCCUAAGAUACAUUGAUACAAUGGCAAAGAAGGAAAAAUCUUCACCGAGACUGAAAUCGGCACUCGAGUUCUGCAUUUCACAGUAUCAGUACACCGUGAAUUCAUUCAAAAGUGCUUUAAGCGACUUGGAUGUAGAUCCUAUGACUGCAAAUUAUGAUGCAAAAGUUGCUUCUGAUGGUGCAUCUUACUGUGCAGACAAACUGAAAUCUGAGGGAUUUCAAUCUAAAGAUGUGGAUUCAGUUAAGGCUAGAAAUAAUCAUGUGCUGAUUUAUAGUGACAUCGGUUUUACGGUUACCAAUAAGAUGCGCUGA